AUGAAGUUUCUAGCAUCAGCUAUGGCCCUCCUUGGGGCACUGUCCUUGACUUCAGGGGCACCAAUCAACACUACGAAUGAACUACCCAACGGCCUUCCGUUUCCAAGCGCCAGUGAGCUGGCUGUGAUCGAGCAGAACGCGCACGGCACCUUGCCAAACGGGCCACCGCCCCCCGUGAUCAGCAAUAAGGGCAUUAACAACCUUCGACUGAUUGCUUUCAAUGAGCUUUUCGAGGUUGCAUACUUCAACGAACUGAUUACAAACAUCACUGAAGGGAAAGACGGAUAUCGGUUCACCGACUCCGGCGAUCGAGACGAUGCUCUGAGAUCGCUCAAGGCCAUUCUGGCUCAAGAGGAACUUCAUGCGAUCAGCGCGAAUGAUGCUCUAGUCCAUUUCCAUGUCCACCCCAUCCAGCCUUGCGAGUACACAUUCCCAGUCCAGGACUUCGAUUCCGCCAUUCGCCUCGCAUCAACCUUCACCGAUGUGGUCCUUGGUACACUGCAAGAUGCGAUUGAGAGGUUUGUCCUGGGCCACGAUGCCGAUCUCGCGCGCGAGAUUGCCGCGGUGAUCGGCAACGAAGGUGAACAGCAGGGCUGGUUCCGGGUGCUGCAAGCCAAAAUCCCGAGCGCACUCCCGUUCCUUACCACCGCGGAUCUCAACUAUGCUUUUAAUGCCGUCAAGAGCUUCACUGUCCCCGGAUCCUGUCCUAAUAUCGAGGAGAUCCCACUGCGCACCUUCGAGUCGCUCGAGAUCCUGGAAGCACCAGGUGCUAAGACCGAGAACAUUACCUUCACUUUCAACGAUCCUGAGGACCAAGCGGGUCAUGGGCUGUGGAUGACUUAUAUCAACCAGCUUAACCUUCCCAUUGUGGAGCCUCUGAAGGUGAUCUCGAGAGAGGGAGAUAGUGUUACUGCGCAGGCACUGUUCCCAUAUGAUGAUCACGAGCUCAACGGACUGACUAUUGCGUCCGUCACCACGAGUGAUGGCCCUUUCAGUGACGCGAAUGAGGUGGUCAAGUGGACACUUGCUGGUCCCGGCCUCAUUUCCGUCAAUUAG